UGGCAGUUGAAGAGCGGGGGUUGGGUAUGUGCUCUACAUGUGAAGACUAGAAAAGUAAAUGUUAUUCCAGCAUUUACAGCAUCAGACAUCGCUUGUAUAAGAUAAUUAUCAUUUUUAACUGGAGGAACAAACAAUCACUGACAACAACUACCUACAAUGUCCAGAGUAGACGGAGGAAAGCCAGCUAUAACUACGGUAGCGCAUGAGGAGCGCCUGUCCAGAGUUUUUGAUGAAGUGAUGGGGCUUGGAGACUUUGCUGAUUCCUCCAGGGGCUCUGCCAGCUCUUCCAGGAGUGGAGGUCAGGACGAGACUAAGGGAGAAGACGAAACUUCAGGACAAGGGGAACAGCAACCAGUAGAAGAAGAGGACAGUAGCAGCAGCAGAAAAGAAGAAAAGAUGGAUGAGGGGAUGGCAGAGUCACCCUUUCCUCGCAUUUCCUCCCCUUCCUCUGUCCGACACUCCAUGUUUACCACCAACGAAGGAGGAGGAGGAGGGGGAGGAAGUGGAGCUGCAGCAUUUGAUGAUGCACUGGAUGGCCUUCCUGCAUUUGGGCCAGAAGAAGAAGAGGAUGAAGACUGGCACUUUGCCCUGCCAAUGGGCAGCCUGGAUGAUGUUAAUGUAGGAAAAAGGAACAGAGAAAAAGGCCAGCCAAGAGCAGGGAACAACGUACCCCAAGGCGAACCUUUUACUGGUCAGCCCAGAGAGGAAGAGGAGGAGCAAGAGAGGGAAGCUAGUAGUGGUUCUGCCAACACCUCCCACUCCUCCCAGGACCACACACCUGACAACAGCCGAGAUGGCGGCGUCCUGAACCAGACAGAGGAGACAGAAGACAGCCAGCAGGGAGAGAGGUCAGAGGCAGCUCCAAUGGAGGACAGUAAUCCCCCAAUGCCUACUAUCAAUAUUAAAGACGAGCCUAUUGAUGAGGGCUAUGACGCUGCUUUACUGCCUCAGAGCUCAAUUAGACAGAUCAAAGAGGAGCUGGAGCAUCAGGAGGAAGAGCUGAGGAUCAGCUCUGUCUACUCUGUAGGUGGAGGGAACGCCUUUGUAACUCCUACCACACCAGCAGCAAUCCCAGCUCCCCAUCAGACGGCCAUAUUUAUCCCAGGUAGAGGUGCUGUGCUGCAGGCCAUGGCUUCCCUCCCUCUCAGAGCACCAGCUCCAAUGACUUCACUACCAACUCUGGUAUCUGCACCCCCACGCCCACCUCCGCCCCCUGUUCCUGGUAGUGUUCGCUGCAGUGGCUGCUCUAAGGUUCUGCUGAAAGGUCAAACAGCAUUCCAAAGAAAAGGUUCGACGCAGCUCUUCUGCUCCACAGUUUGUCUGACUGGCCAUCUGCCUCCAGCCAACAAGAACCGAUCCUGUUUCCAGUGCAAUAGGGAAAUUAUUCAGCCACGGGACAUGAUCACAAUUCCAGCAGAUGACAACAGCUUCCUGAACUUCUGUGGCCAGUUCUGUCUCUCUGUCUUCAGACACAAAAAGAAACAGCCGUCAGACAAGGUUCCUGAUAAAUGGGUUGACAAACGAAUGGAGAAGAAACCUGAGAAGCCGCCUGAAAAACCAGUGGAGCGACUCCCAGAAAAACCUUUCUGCAGUGUCUGCAGAGUCUCGAAUAGGCAGAUUGAGCAUGAGGUCACCCAUCAAGGUCGCCUGCACAGACUCUGUAGUAAUGCUUGUUUUGUAACAUGGCGCAAGAUGCGUCAGUUAGCCAUGAACUGCUGUGAAGGCUGCGGACUUUACUGUAACAGCAGCUCCGGCUCCUGUCAGACGCUCACAAUUGACAGAACUCAGCUCAACUUCUGUGGCCCGACCUGUAUUGGCACCUAUAAACAGACCUGCAAAAAGACGGUUUCCUGUGCCUACUGUUACAAAAUGGCAAUAGUUUACGCCACCACCAUGGAACGAGACCAAAGGGGCAAAAUCCAGCUUUACUGUUCAUCUGCUUGUGUCGAACAGAGUCGACCACCUCGACACAUCCUCGCUGGUGCUGCAUUCCCCUGCUGCCAGUGCAGAGUGUCAGCUGUUCCUCAGUAUCAUCUGGCCAUGGUGGACGGCACCAUUCGUAACUUCUGCUCCUAUGACUGUGUUUCUAUAUACCGGAAGUCUGGGAACACCUCGCAGCCCGACCUGACCAAUGGAACCUCCGUUCAAAGGGACUCCUCCCUCAGAGAAGGCCCCAAACCAGGGCCCUCUGCUGGAGCCAGCUCAGUCCCUCCCAUCCCUCAGGACUAUCCCUCUUCAGUCCCCUACCCGGGCCACCAUCCCAGUCAUAGCUCAGUGCCCCCACUGGUGAAUCCCUACACAGCCAUGUCCUCCCCCUCUGUCCCAGCACAAGCCCAGGCCAAAGCACCUGCUGAUCAGCCCCUGAAACCAGCAGAGGGUGAAGCCAGUGACCCUUCCAAGCUGACCUGCCAUCAGUGCAGCAAACAGUUCAACAUGAAGCCGCUGCUAUUCAGUCACCAAGGUCGUAUUUCCAUGUUCUGCAGUAAGACGUGCUGUGAGCAGUAUAAAACCCACAAGAAUAUCCUGACGGUGUGCGAGUUCUGUCAACAAGAGAAGGUGCUCUUUGACACCAUCAGCUACAAUCAACAGGACCUAAACUUCUGCGGUGAAAGCUGUAAGCUGCUCUUCAAACAUGACCUGACUGCUCGUAACAAGGAUCAUCCCUGGCGUCCCUGCACCUACUGCUCCGGCAUCGGCCAGAAGAUGCUGCACAGCCACUACGGAGGCAGAAUGGAGGAGUUCUGUAGACCCCACUGCAUGUCCCAGUACACAGUGCUCUACUAUGGGAUGGGUCGAUGUGACAGUUGUAGGAAACAGGGUUAUAUGACUGAGAAGCUGCAGUGUUUGGGAUCAGUCCGUAAUUUCUGCAACCUGCCCUGCCUGCUGCAGUACUGCCACAUGCAUUUUGAAACGAGCCAACACACCAGCAGCAAUGGUACUGGGAUGGCCCCGCAAACACCAUAUGCUCCAACCCAACCCCACCAUUCCUCAAAGAUGAAUCCUGUCAUAGCUGAUGUCGUGUCACUGGCCAAUGGCUCUGCCACUCAGCCCAGCGUGUCAGCAGAUACUGCUCUUACUGGAGCACUUCCGACCUCUAAUGUUGACGGCAAGAACCUUGACCACGCCAGUACUCAGACGGACGCCAUGCGAGUGCCUGUGUCCCGUCGACGUCAAAUGAAGAACAAGUCGGUUCUGUGUCGGCCCUUCACUAUGGACCAAGAGAGCAUGUGCCAGUUGCCCUCACCCUCCAGUGAACCAGCAGCUGUGUCUGUCCUCUCAGUUAGCUCCUCUGCAGGAGAGGAGAAAGUGAAGGUGGUGUUGGUCCCAGUCCCGGUCCCGGUCUUCAUUCCAGUGCCUAUGAAUAUGUACUCCCAGCACACACCGGUCCCAAUGGCUAUGCCCGUGCCUGUUCCAGUACCCAUCAUAGUACCACCACAGAGCAAAGACAUGAAGGAUGCAGCAGUCCAGUCAGAGCCCUUUGCUGUGAAUGAAGAAAAACAGAAAGAUGAGCCUGUUAACAGUGCAGACCAGAGCAGUUCUUAUGGUGGCUACAUGAAGCCAGAGGAGGUCACUCCCACAAUCCUUGAAGAUGAGGAGACUCAAAAAGCAGCACAGGUCGACCUCCCACUUCCUGUGAGUUCAGAGAGCACAGAACCAGCUGAUCCCAAACUGGAUCUGGAGCGAGAGGAGAGCACAACGACCUGCGACCCUCCUACCACCAGUGAGGAGCUUCAGCCUCCGUCCUCUCCAGUGAUGGACCUGGAGAUGGACAUCCCGUCUGAAACAUUGAAACAGAAGUCACCUGCUCCACAGCGAGGAGUGAAGAGACCCAGGGAAGUUUUCUCUAGCCGAAAACGGAGUCGAAGGCGAGUUGCUCAGUUGAACCGCAGUGCAGCAGCGACUCCAGUGGUCCCCAAACUGAACCACCUGUACGGGGUUAAAGCCUGGAAGAGCUGGGUCCAACUACGCAAACAAUCGAGAGAAGUCAAUCCAGUGGAUAUUAAAGAAGACGUCCUUCAGUGUGACUCUGCUGAGCUGAGCUUUGGUCUGUCUUGCUUCAUCAGAGAAGUGAGACGGCCCAGUGGAGAGACCUACAGCCCAGACAGCAUCUUCUACCUCUGUCUGGGCAUACAGCAGUAUCUGUUCAUGAAGGGCCGCAUAGAGAACAUCUUUACUGACGAGCUGUACAGUCAGUUUGCUACCAGGAUCAGUGGGAUGCUGCGAGUCUGGAAACCCAAACUACAACCUACUUCAGAUGCGAGUGUUUCCUCUCGUGUUUUGGAGUCCUACCUGUGGGAGUGUAAGCAGCUGGGCGCCUACUCCCCCAUAGUGUUGCUCAACACGCUGCUCUUCUUCUGCACCAAAAACUUCCGCUUCACCACACUGGCGCAGCACCAAAGCCUGUCCUUUACCAACUUCACUCGACAGUCCAAACCCUGCAACCGAGCCGGCAAAGUCCACUACCUCCGAUACCAGAGAAGCAGCACUGCCGCGCCCUACACAGAGCGAUUCAGAAAAAGGCAGGGAGAGGAGGAGGGAGACCUGGAGAUGCUUGAAAAUGUCGCCAACCCUCUACACUGUCCUGUCAGACUCUACGAGUUCUACCUCUCUAGAUGCCCAGAGUCAGUGAAGAAGAGAACUGACGUGUUUUUCCUGCAGCCUGAACAGAAUGUGCACACUCACAGCUCCCACUGGUACACCUCUCAACAGUUAGAGGCCACCACUCUACAGAGCAUGCUCGCACGCAUCUUGGCAGUCAAAGAGAUUCACCAGGAGCACACAGCAGCCAAACAGCAGUCCUCCGCCAGCGCUGGUGCUGACAGUUUACAGUGACUCUGCUUAUCCACGCCCUGCUUUUGAGCUUUGAGCUGGUGAGACGGGGACACAGAACAUAGACAAUGACAGGGCACUUUGUCACAAAGAGAGUGUGGGAUCAUUGUAUUUAGUUACCUCAGUGGCCAUCCCCUCCCCACAUACAUGCACAGUGAGUUUACAAACAUCCACUACUCUUAAGGUAUGAAAAAGGGAGUGUUGGAGAGUACAUUUUUCUCAGAUCGGUUCUUUAAGGGGUGUAAAUGCGCGGUUUUAUCAUUGUUGACCCUCCUUGCAGCAACAAAGUUUUAUUAAUGUUUUAUUGUCAUCUACUUAUCUGAUAUUAUGUUAUUGCCCUUUAUAUUCUCCAUACUGUGUGGCCUUAUUUCCCUUCUAACAGCUUUCCCUUUUUCCCUCCUGAGCUUCACUUAUUCCCUCUGGAGGUAAAGUGGAAGAGUAGCUCAUUACCCACAUCCAUGUUAUUGCAGUUCACAUGAUCUACUUCAUCCUAAACUAUGAAGCUCAGCUUGAUUUACAGACCACAUUGAUUGCUUUGAAAAUAUUUAGAAAUACAUUACUACAAUUACAACAUGGCCCCUACUCCCUAUAUGCUUUCCCUCUAUGUAUCUACGUACAUACUUAUUCUAUAUGUGCCAAUAGCUUUUCUGCUUUCUUUGUUUUUCUCUUCCACUUGUCUUGGAAAAAUGGAAUUGGGAGAAUUUGGAUGAGCAGCAUCCCCAGCAUUCCUUUUCCUUACCCCAACCCUUGAGGUUUCCUGUAUUAUAAUUAAUGAUGUGUAUGGUUUAUGGUAUAGUCUUAUCUUUGUAGGCCACACAUUUAAUCAAAAACAAGUAUUAUUACAAUGUGCCUAAGAUAUUUACCACUGUGUUAACGGUGGUGCUUUAGUUUCUAUUCAUACUUGCAUACAUUCAAAACCGAGAGUCUGUUGCAGAUAACACCUUUUAUUUCUAAUUAAGAUUAAGAUUCAGAUUCCCUUUUUAGUCCCACAGUGGGGAAAUAAAAACUUUGCACUUAACCCAUCCUUUUUUUACGGACCAGUGAACACACCAUGUGUAGGAGCAGUAGGCAGCGCAUUUCUGGGUGCCCGCUAAUGGAUUCUUUGUUAUGCUAAAUUGGCAUAUGGAUAAUCCUAGAGACGCAAAACAUAGAAAAAUAUGUAAAACAUGUUUUUUUCUGCAGGGUUGCUGCUCAACCACAUCACCCUGCUUCUCAGAAAGAUGGUUAAACAUAUCGAAACACGUCUUGACAUAUAUAUAUAUAUAUAUAUAUAUAUAUAUAUAUAGAGAGAGAGAGAGAGAGAGAGAGAGAGAGAGUUGUGAUUAAAAUAAUACCUUUUUUUCUUUUAUUCUGUGGUGACUCAACUACCCACAAUGCUUUGUGGUAGCACCAUGUGUUUUACUAUGUUCAUUGGUACUUGGGUCUAUUUUGUUUUUCCAGCUCUUAUUAUGUUUAGACAUUAAGGCCAAUGUGCCUUUAAUUAUGCCUCAUGUUCAUUUAAAAUAUAUGUUAUAGUGUAAAUGAGUUAUAUGACAAAAUCAAACCAGCCCCAAAUCAUCUUCUCAGCACUUAGCACUAUGCUAACAUUAAAGCACUCGCCGUGUUGACUGAUGGUAAUCCAUUAGUAUUACCCAAAUACAGACUUUUGUAAAUGGUUUGGAUUUAUUUUAAACAACAUAACUGUAACACACUGUUGGUGCAAAUGGAAUAUUAGUGUGAAUAUCAUCACUGCUCAAGCUCCCAGUGGAAGAACCGGUCCAGAGACAUUCAGAUGAUUUAUUGUCAUUCACAAAAUGCUGUAUUUCCAUUGAGUAUUAGAAAUGCAUCUUAUUCCGUUUUUUUUUUUUUUUUCUUUCCUUGAUUGCAAGGCGAAGCAUUUUUAACGAAAGCAUGAUUGAAAUGAAAUGUGAUGUUGAGAGUGUAACUGGAGUUUGUGUAGUUUUGGAACAUCGAUUCAUAAAAUGUGUAAAGUU